AUGGAAGGAAGUAAGCUGCUACCCAAUCUACCACCGAGCAAGUCUUUCGAAGACUACUCAUCGGCUGUCGAAUUGCGUCAGUCUUUCAAUGAGCAAAUCGCUCAGCUGGUCGCAGCUGGUAUUGUGGCUUUCCCAGACUGGACUGGGUACCAUCGAUCCGAGAUUCAGAUUCCGACGCGCGAUGGCGCACCCCUGCGUUCGCUCGUGUACCGUCCAGAGGGAAAAGAAGCAGGGCCAUUGUACGUGUACUUCCAUGGCGGAGGAUGGAGUUUUGGGAUGCCAGAGUAUGGCGAGGGCAUGGCGGAAGUAUUGGUAAAAGAGUUGGGCUUUACGGUGGUAAGCGUCGGGUAUAGGUAUGGGCCUGAACACGUCUUCCCUACUGCCGCGCAUGAUGCUAUCGAUGCGGUCAAAUGGUGUGGCGAGAAUGCAGCGUCGUUGGGCGCCAACCCUUCUGAAGGCUUCAUCGUGGGAGGAACGUCAGCUGGAGGUAAUCUGGCAGCUGUAGCAGCUCAUCAAGUUAUUGACGACAACUUGUCUCCGAAGGUGACUGGCGUCGUCCUCCUCUCUGCCCCGUUGUGCCAUCGCGAAGCCAUGCCAGAAGAGUACAAACCCCACAUAUCCAGCUGGGAGGACCACAAGGACGGCCUGGUACUGAGCCGACAAGCCAUUGAAUGGUUCUAUGGCAACUACAAACCAGAUCCUAUGUCACCGUUGAUGAGUCCGUUGAUCUGGAAGACCCAUAAAGGCCAACCCGCUGCGUAUCUGCAGGUCAUGGGGACUGAUCCACUUCGUGAUGAGGCGCUCGUGUACGAAAGUCUCCUCCAGGACGCCGGCACACCGACCAAGGUGGAGGUUUACACUGGGUUGCCACAUGGCGCACCCGACUUCUUUCCCAUGCACAGCGCUGCGAAGAAGGCAUUGGUGGAUCUGAAGGAAGGUGUGAACACACGAUACGGGACAUCGUACGCCCGCACACACGACGGGCGACGUCCUGCACCGCAGGCAGAGAGCGCCAAGAUGUCGAACCAUCCGCGGUCAAGCCCCGCCGCCGCGAGGCCUGGCACUCCACGCGGGGCGCGACAAACAAACAGCGACGCGAACCUCCUUUCACACCCGCUCAAACGCCUGUCCCUGCACUCGGCCUCCAACACCCCGCUACCGCAGUCCCCCGCCUUGAACUCGCCCAGAAGUUCCGCUGACCUGCGCCGGACGCCCUCGACGCCCAAUUUCAAAGCCAAUGCCAUCCAGCGCAGCCCCAGUGUAGCCAGUUUCCGCUCUUCUACGCCCACCCUGGGCAGGAAGACCUCGACCUCUUCCCUCCGCGGCGACCCUCCCCGACCGGGCACUCCCCGAAGUUCCGCUUCCCGCCGGUCGUCGUUCAAUCCCAAUAUGCAGGCACCCAUGCCCAAGAGCCCGCUGGGCCCCACACAUGUAGAAGAGAAGCCACCACUGCGCGCAUGUGAUGUCGCCGAGGAGUACUUCAAGAAGGAGCUGGCCCGACAUGAGGGCAUGGCAGGCGCAGUCAACGCAGGAACUGUCGUCAUCGUGCACGACCAAUGCUACGGCCAUCGCUUCUCACGGCCCAAGACAUCCAAGAGCCACCUCAGCUUGAUCAUGGAGCGACCUGAGAGAAUACUGGCGAGCGUUUUGGGCAUAUCGGCAGCCUACGUACGGCUCGGCGAGCGCCACGCUGAGGGAGACAACCCGCCACAUCCACACCACAACCCACCCGAACGCGUACCUUUCAAAAUUCGCAAGACUUCGCGGGCCGUCGACAUCACUUCGCAGGUCGUCACAAACGUACACGGAAUAAAGUGGAUGGGCGAACUCAAGACUCUGUGCGACAAUGCGGAGAGGAAGCUCGCAUCAACUGGGAAGGAGCUGGCCAGGGACGCUCCUGCAGUCCAAGGACAAGCGCCCAAGCAGCAACUCCACGCCGGUGACCUUUAUCUCUGUCCCGAAUCGCUCAACGCUUUUCAGGGUGCUCUGGGAGGUGUCUUGGACGCCGUGGACGCUGUCUUCCAGGGAACAAGUCUAGGCGGUGGUCCUUCCAGAGCUUUUGUCUGCAUCCGUCCGCCUGGCCACCACUGCUCUGACGACUUUCCCUCGGGUUUCUGCUGGCUGAAUAACGUUCACGUUGGCAUUGAACACGCUAUGAUGACGUACGGACUCACUCACGCGGCCAUCAUUGACUUUGAUCUGCAUCACGGAGACGGCUCGCAGGCCAUAACAUGGGCGCGCAACAAGAAGGUCCAGAACAUGCCCAAGAACACCCCCAACUGGAAGAAGACCUCGAUCGGCUACUUCAGCUUACACGACAUCAACUCAUACCCAUGUGAGGACAGCGACGAUGAUAAAGUCCAAGCGGCUAGUCUCUGUAUUGACAACGCCCAUGGUCAGUCUAUCUGGAACGUCCAUCUACAAUCAUGGAAGACACCCGAGCAGUUCUGGGAAAUCUAUGAGGAGAAGUACUUGGUACUACUUGAAAAGACCCGUCAAUAUCUCAAACAUCACACCAACCGCUUACGGUCCACACCAAACCAGCCCGCUCCAAAGGCAGCCAUCUUCCUAUCCGCUGGAUUUGAUGCGAGUGAGUGGGAGACUGCUGGAAUGCAACGUCAUAGCGUCAACGUGCCUACUGAAUUUUACGCUCGUUUCACUCGGGACGUGGUCCGGUUGGCUGAAGAAGAGGGCACCUCUGUGGAAGGGCGUGUCAUCUCAGUCUUAGAGGGCGGAUACAGCGAUCGAGCGCUCACUAGUGGUGUAUUCAGUCAUUUGAGCGGCCUCGUGGACGGCCAAGUCCUGAAGGCUUCAGAACCAUCAACGGGUCUCUCUCACUCUAUGCGCAACAGACUUAGUGGAAUCAGCAUACAGGACGAAGACGUUCCCAUGCAGUCUGUCGAAGCAGAGCUCACGCCCGUCAGCUACGAUCCUCUAUGGUGGCAUGCGGAUCGUUUGUCUGAAUUGGACGGCCUCGUUCCGCCUCCGCCUGUACAUGUGUCGAAGACGACACGCACUGACCGUCUGGCCCAUUUUUCUUCGCCCACCCAGUCCUACGUAGCCAAAGUCGUGGAUCCAACCAAGAUCAAUCGAAGCCUUUCCGCCAAGUACGCCUCAAAUCCAUUGAGAGCGCCCACCCCACCACCACCGGAGGUUGACUGGGCUACUGCCGCCCAUGCUCUGCGUACUUUGCUGGUACCAUCAGAUCGCCAAACCCGUAGCCACCGACCAGAGGAUUUGGCCGAGGUCAAAGCCAAAAAGGAGAAGCCUGCUGCGCCUGCUGCGGCCUCAGCCCGCACAGAUACAUCAGGGCGACAACUGCGUGGUCGUAAAGCUGCCCCCUCCUACGCUGAGCCUGGUUCGGAUGACGAGAAGACAUCUCGUGUAGAAUCACGGGCGAGUAGGCGGCAGACCAUAGCCGACUUUGCACCAGCCAGCUCAGAAGCUCCAGGUACAGCAAGCUCUGCUUCUCGUCGCAUGAGUAUUGCUUCGAGCGUCUCUUCCAUCGGCGACAACAGGGGUGUUAGUCGUGCGCCAAGUGUAGCAGCAAGCCGGAGAAGUGUUGCGCCUUCUGCAGCUCCAGCCAACGGAGUUGCGAUGAAGAAGGCACGGGGCUCAACAACGACGGCAGCUGCAGCAGCUCGUGCGCCUCCAUGUCCAGCCGUUACGAGAAUGCCUUCGACCCAAUCUGUCAAGCCCAGUGCCCCUAAAGACAAGGAGAAUGAUGGCAUGGACGCACUUACUUCAGGCUUAAAGCGGGUUACGUUGAAGAUGCCCUCAAAAGAGGAAUAUGAUGCACGGGAGAGGGAGAAGGCUGAGAAGUUGAAGGCUGCCGAAGCACCGAAAAGAACCACUACCCGAAAGCCACCGGCUGCUCGCGCUCCUCCAACAAAGCCUACGACCAAACCCGCGACGACCGCAAAAAGGGGUCCAGGUCGUCCAGCAAAGACUUCCAAACCUGCAUCCCCAGUUCCCGAGGCCCCGCAGAUGCAGGUAGCUGCUGCUGCGCCGCUCGAGCAGCCUCAGCCGGUACAGAUGGAUUCGUCUACUGUCUUGCCACAGCAGGAAAUGCAAGCUUCCAUGGAACAACCUCCAAUCGAUCGUCGAAUCUCUGGCGGAAUCGUGCAACCACCCACUGAAUUGCAUGAUAUGGCUAUAACACCCGAGCAAAUCCGGGAACAGCUACCUAUGCCCUCUUUCGUCACUGUAACAGAGCCGCUCAAGGAUGUUUCACCACCUUCCCGCGCCGAUACGCCUCCACCUCCACCCCCAUCGAAUCUUUCCGAGUUUGUCAACUACACUGCGCAGAACUUUGGCGGAAACUCAGAGUUCGUAACUCCGCACGACGCAUCAGAUCCUCAGGCCUCGGCAACUUUACAGUGGGUUGCCAAUACACAUGCUGAGGAUACAAGCAUGCCUGGAGUUCCACUCAUGUCACCGCCAAGCAAGAGGGCUGAUCUGCCUGUCUUCACAUCAAACGGCGCGAUACCAUUCGCAUCAAACUCGAACGGAGCCAUGAACUCACACACUAGAUCGGAGGAUGCCGGUGCCGGAUUGAAGAAAGAGGAGAAUGGAAGGGAUAUCUGGGACAUACCCGACACGCCAGCUCGUUAG